AUGGCCGGCAAACGUCUGCUGGACGCGGCCAAAAUCGUCACUGCCGGACGACAUGUAGCCAAAUCACAUUUUGCCAUUCGCCGCGAGCAAUGGGAGCUGUAUACCCGCACUUCUUCUCUCGCGAAGGCCGUCAAAAGCCAGACAGAUCGCGUGACAGUGACCGUUGGAGCUGCGAUCGAGCUUGCGAAGCGCUUCAACGAGGAUGCGCCGAGCUGGCAGCAGGGACAAGCGCAAGAGGAGGCACGAAGAGGAGCGGAAACAGUGAAGCGCAAAGCAGAAGAGACAGUUGGCAAUGCGGCGAAAGAGGCAGAGAAUCUGGCGAGGGACACUGGCUUCUAUGGUGCAGCAGACACAAUCUCUCAGGCGAGGAGAACUGGCAACGAUGAUGGGUCGUUUGCGAGCCUGAGGAGAAGAGAGCAGGAGCGGAAAGUACAGGCGGAGACUACAUUGAGAGAUGCGCUGCGAGGGAAGCCUAAAGAGCAUGUUGAGUUGAUUCGGGACAUGCGUGAAGGUGGGUCGACGUGGCCGGAUGUUACUGCGGCGCUGUGUAGUCCUUCGAGAGCGGUGCAAUGGCAGCCAGAUCAGGUGGCACUGCUGCAGGAUAUGCGGGAUGGUGGCAGGUCCUGGUCGGAUAUUGUCGCGUUCGUGGAGGAGGGAGACGCACAGCAAGAGGUGAAGCCCGUGAUGAAGAGGCUAUCGCCGGAUGAGAUUGUGGAGAUAGAGGAGACGUGGGAGAACACGAAGGAUUGGCAGAAGGUCACAGCGCUGCUGAAGUCCAAGAUGAGGACACGUUUUCCCGUCGCAGUGGACCACGUGCGGACACUACGAGAGAAGGGCAAGGCCUGGACCGAGAUCGUGGUGACUUUGGAGAGUGGCACGCAAGAUCCCUUACCGACUACUGCGGCAAAUACACAGCCUGCCAAUCGAAGCAUCUAUGGACAAGACACUUUCAAUCAACGACCAGCUGCAGACACGACAGAACGUCCUUCCAAUGUGGACUCUAGCUUGCCGGAACAUGCAGAGCAGCCUCCUGUACCGGCACACCGAGACCUCAAUCAGGACACAUUUCCCUCGCCUUCCGUAUCUGACACGCUCGAUCAACUGCCAGGAGACAUCAACAUCGAUGCAUUCCACAGUCCGAGAGUAUCUCGCAUGCUUGGCCAGGCAGGACAGACAGCAGAGAAUCCUUACGCUACGCGUCAAAGGCUACCGCCGAAGCCGCUGCCCGAGAUGGUGAAGGCCGAGGAACAACGAAAGCGUGAGCAAGCAUCGCAGCAGGUUGCUGGACAGCCCACUCAGGAUCAUGAAGCUGCAAAGUCAGUACCAGAAACGGACACAGCGCAGCACGACGUCGAGACGCAGGACCUCGCAGCAGCUAUCGCCAAGGAAGCUGCAGCUCCAUCAGAACCUGAAGAGAAGCAGUAUGAGUUGCACGAGUCAAGAGUACCAGCAACUCGAUUCGGACGCAUCUGGCAGUACAGUGGAUUGGCCACAAGCAUGGCAUUUGGAGCAGUCGGAGAAGGCUUCAGGCGCUUCACUGGUGGUAGUCCUGCCAAUGGAGGUAGCCUGUUGCUCAGCGAAGGUAACAUCGACCGCCUGGUUGCCAAGCUCAGCCGGAUGAGAGGUGCAGCUCUCAAGCUAGGCCAGAUGAUCAGCUUCCAAGACUCGAAAGUGCUGCCACCUACAAUCAACGCCGUACUACAGCGUGUGCAAGACAGCGCGGACUAUAUGCCAGCGUCCCAGCGCGACAAGGUCCUGGUUCGCAACCUUGGUGCAGAUUGGCGAGAUCUGUUCUCGAAGUUUGAAGAGAAGCCAUUCGCAGCGGCCAGUAUUGGACAAGUCCAUAAAGCGACACUGAAAUUGAACGAGCAGGAAGUAGCUGUCAAGAUUCAGUAUCCUGGUGUUCGCGAUAGUAUCGACUCGGAUCUGAACAACCUGUCUCUGCUCCUGACGGCGUCACAGCUACUGCCGAAAGGUCUGUUCCUUGACAAGACCAUCGCCAAUGCUCGAACAGAGCUUGGAUGGGAGUGUGACUAUGAGCGCGAAGCGAAAGCCUGCGUCAAGUUCAAAGAAGAACUUGUCAUUGAUGAGCCAGAUACAUUCACUGUGCCGACAGUCUACACCGAAGCUUCGGGUGCGGAUGUGUUGACAGCAGAAUUUCUCCACGGUACAGCUGUCACCAAAAUCAAAGACCUCACACAGGCCGAACGCGACUGGAUCGGCACACAAGUGUUACGCCUCUCCCUCCGUGAAUUGAUGGAAUGGCAGUUCAUGCAAACCGAUCCCAAUUGGACCAACUUCCUCUACAACCGUGAGACGAAAAAGCUCGAACUCCUCGACUUUGGCGCUAGCCGCGAGUUUCCCGACAAGUUCGUCCAACCCUACGUCGAACUUCUCAUUGCCGCCUCCCGCAAUGACCGCGACGCCUGCCGCGACUUGUCCAUCGAACUAGGCUACCUCACCGGUCAAGAGAGCAAGGAAAUGCUGAAAGCUCAUAUUGACAGUAUCAUGGUUCUGGCGGAGCCAUUCGUGGAGAGUGCUCCAGAAUUCUACGACUUUGAGGAUCAGACGAUCACAGACCGAGUCAGGACUAAUAUCGGCUUGAUGCUGAGAGAGCGUUUGGCGCCUCCGCCGGAGGAGACGUAUAGUCUUCAUCGGAAGUUGAGUGGGGCUUUCUUGCUGUGUGCGAGGUUGAAGAGUAAAGUCCCGGCGAGGGAGAUGUUUGCGAAAGCUGCUGAGGUGUGGAGGGGGAGGGAGAAGAAGGUUAUACUUGAUGGAUGA